AGGCCCGCCGUCUCAUGGGUUUGGUACCGCAUCGGAGGUUCGAAGGGCUUGCCGAUGGAGGUCCACGUAUACCCAAAAAAAGAAGAAAAAAAAAAAAUCAUUGAUUGUAUGAGCUGAUGGAGAAGAAUUUAUGAGUCGAUCACUUGUAUAUGGUUAGGUCAACGGGAAUGGAAGUUUUGGAAACAGAGUUACUACUGCCGAAAUUCUGAAGACAGAUUCGUUCAUUUCGUGUUAAACCCUCCUCGAUGUUGUUUAUUAAAUUCAGACGGUGGGGUUUAUUGCUCAGAUAAUAAAACAAACAAUCAAGCAGAAGCAGGGGACGAUACAGAUUUCAGGGGUAGGAUGUUGAAUUUAACGGUGGUAUUAUGCAUCAUCUGGGCACUGACCCUUCUUUAUGGCGAGAUGAUUUCAUUUUGGGUGCCAUCGUUAUGGGCUUGUUCAUGGCCUCAUCUUCGUGUAUCCUCAUCCCUAUCUUCCGCGAUGAAUGGAGCUGUAAAUCCAGUUAAUCCUGUAAAAAUUGCUGUUCUUGCUGAUCCUCAGCUGAUGGAUAAAACCUCCCAUGGUCUUGCCCCAAAAUCACUUGCCUUGGAGAUCUCACAGUUCUAUGCUGAUUUGUUCAUGCGCAGAUCAUUCCUUGCAUCUAUUAUGCCCUUCAGACCUGAUGUGAUUUUGUUCUUGGGCGAUUAUUUUGAUGGAGGCCAUAUUUUAUCAGAUGAAGAAUGGCAGGAAUCUUUGAGCCGCUUUAAGCAUAUUUUUAAUCUGAAUACAAGAAGUUCAAAUAUCCAAGUAUACUACCUUCCUGGGAACCAUGAUAUUGGUUAUUCAAGUUUCCAUUCUCAAAGACCAGAGGUUAUAAAACGCUAUGAAACGGAGUUUGGAAAGAGGAACAACCGUUUUGUACUUGGAAAAGUUGAGUUCAUUGCCAUUGAUGCCCAAACUAUAGAUGGGCAUAAAGAAGGAAACCUGCCUUCUGCUUCCUGGGGAUUUGUUAAAAAUGUCUCCAUGGAUGUUAAAUUGUAUCCAAGGGUUUUAUUGACCCAUAUUCCAUUGUAUCGGCCAGAAUGGACUUCCUGUGGCUCUUAUCGAUAUUCUCCAGUUAUCAAUCAGAGGGUUUCUCGAGCUGUUCAUGAUCAAGAUAUAGCGUACCAGAAUUAUAUAUCUCAGGAAGUAUCCGACUACUUAUUGGAUUCAAUCAGACCUGUUCUCGUACUGUCUGCACAUGAUCAUGAUCAAUGUACAGUGACCCAUAUGCCUAAGUAUGGACCAGUCCCGGAGCACACUUUAGGUACCAUAAGUUGGCAGCAGGGAAAUUUGUAUCCAUCUUUCAUGCUGUUGACAGCUAAUAAUCUUGCAUUCCCAAAUGCUUCCAGCGAGGGAGAUGCAAUCUCUACUCAUCUUUGCUUUCUUCCAAUGCAAACACAUAUUUAUAUAUGGUAUCUUUCUUUGUUGGUGCUCACCCUUCUUGCUACCCUCUUUUGGCCAACUAAGAGUACUGGCUUUUGGCGUCGCUGUGGUAAUUUUAUGGGCCAUGCCAGAGGACUGAUAAGCAACAAUCUUUUCAACAUUGGGACAAAAGAUAAAGAUGAAGAUGAGAAUUGUGAGUAUGAGAUGAUUUGGGAUGCAGAAGGAUCAAUGCAUCUUGUGAAGAAAGCUUCUAAGGCUCCUACUGUAUGUUCAAACGAAAGUGGUUUGUUAGAAAGGGGCGGUGCUGUGAUGCGUCCAGCAGCUAGAAAACAAAAUUAUCCCGAGAAUGAUGCAUGUGAGACUUUCGAUGUGAAUGUGGAUGUUGGGUUGGACACUACAGGAAGAUUACUGCCCAGAACAAGCAAAUCGAAGGCAAAGACAGUGAUCCUCAGACUGGUUCGAGCAUUCCGGAUACUCUCGGUUGUUGCAGCAGUGAAUGUCCCUCUCUACAUGAUGCUGCUGUUCAAGGAUUGGAUUGACCAAUGAUGUCAGAAAUGGACUAUUGAGAAUAACAUCAGCAAUUUGCUUUUGCUUCAGGGGUUUCAUUUCAUGAAAAGAUACCAAGCGAAAGUUUUUGACAACUUUUUGAAGCUCUAAGAGGUAAAUCCAGUGCCAGUGGUCUGAUCAUUACUUGAUGCGUGGGUGUUUCUUAAAUGGUUAACUAGAAGAAAAUCAGUGUCAAUAGAUGUUUUCAUAAUGAUCGAUAUAGAUUCUAGCAUGACAGUACGUCUUUCCAAUUUCACAGAAAUAAAGUAAUGUUUAAUAAAAAAUUCUCCUUUAAGCA